AUGAGCAUCCUGAAAAAGCCCUUCCUGGGUCAAUAUGUGCGCGACCUAAGUUACUACGGAAGACCCAGGCACAGUGGGAUCUGGAAUGGUGGUAAACGUGGAUCACACCCACGCGAUCUGAACCAAACAGACUUGAGUCUGCUUAAGAAAGCGAUUCGACGGGCUGGAUUCUCCGGUUCGGACGAGGAGACUGUCCUCGAUAUGGCGAUACAGAAGGAAACGGGAGACGAUGAUGGGAACAGACAAUAUUUCAAUGGCAUGAAUACUUCACCGGGUGGAGUGUAUAUUGCACAAGCCUUGGCUGUCAUUUUGAUCGCUAUGGCACCAAAUCUAGUGAAAAUGGGCAUGACACAACCGUACCAAACUUGGGAGGGCGCACGCGAAGAAAACCUCCCUCUCAAAGCAUUCAUGCGUCAAGCCAACAGGGCUACUGAAAACCUGCCUUAUCUUCAGAACCUACGCGAAGUGUACAUAAUCGUUGAUUUAAGCGGGGAGUGUGACGAUGAACGCUACUACACUCAUAUCGAGUUCCUCGACUGCUUCAACUUGUUCGACCAUCUUCCAUCGAUAAUCUCUCAAGAUGCGCCACUUGUCGAGCAGAGAACCUCGAAUUUCACUGAGCUCUGUAUCAACCACUCGUCUGUUAGCACUCCCUAUAUGGCACGUGCGAUACUGGCUUGCAAGGCGUUAAAGAAUUUUCAGUACUCAAUAGGAGGCCGUUUUGAGUAUGAGCCCAACGAAUUUAAUGAGAAGACAUUCUUGAAGGCAAUUUUGGCACAUAAAACAACACUGGAAAGCCUCGAUCUCAAUACUGAAAACAGUCUCUAUAAUCCUCGCUGGGAAACAGCGGAUGAAUUCGAGGAUGCGGAUGAAGAGGAUUAUAAUCAUGAAUUUCUUGGGUCAUUUUGGGAAACACAUGGCUCACUCAAGGAUUUUACUGCUUUGAAAAAUCUCAGUAUCACAAUAGAUGUGUUGUUCUAUUUGAUUCGGGGCGACCAUGAACUCUUAGAGCAACAAGCAAAGAUCAAGCUGUUUGAAGGUCUCCCUGAUAAUUUGGAGUCCCUUUGUAUUCGAGGCUACUCAAAAGGCAAGCUCCCCCCCUAUGUGGGAAGCGGAAAUUGA